GGUUUAGCAAAACGGUAUUACCAAACACUAGUUAGUGAGCGGCUGAGUGCGAAGAGUGAGGACAGCUACACCCAGACGAUCAGGGAGAAGAGCGAUGGCUUGGUGUGCGGCUAGGACCUUUCACAUGCCGGCGUUCGACGUCACUGCACUGCGUUCCAAGUCUCCCUUGGCCGUCGGCGUUGGUUGUGUAUCGGUGGCCGGAACCACCUUGUGGCGAUCUUCCUCAACUUCCAAGCGUCAAAUUCCAUUCGCCUCCCUCGGCAUUUCCACCAGUUCUAGUAUCAAGGAAGCUGUUCAGACUGACAAGGCUCCAGCGGCAUUAGGGCCGUAUUCUCAAGCUAUCAAAGCCAACAACCUUCUCUUUGUGUCUGGUGUCCUGGGUCUAAAUCCUGAGACAGGGAAAUUUGUCUCAGAUGACGUUGAAGACCAAACGGAGCAGGUCCUCAAAAAUAUGGGCGAAAUAUUGAAAGCUGGAGGUUCCAGCUAUUCUUCCGUGGUUAAGACGACUAUUAUGUUGGCUGAUCUGAAGGAUUUCAAGAAAGUUAACGAGAUAUAUGCUAAAUAUUUUCCGUCCCCUGCUCCAGCUCGGUCGACAUAUGAGGUUGCAAGAUUGCCUUUGGAUGCUAAGGUCGAAAUUGAGUGCAUCGCUACACUUUGAACGCCUCUGACCUAAUUUGAGGUACCCCAGUUUUCGAGACAGAAUAAAAUAAUAAAAUGGAGAUACCAAUCACAGCACAGGAACACUGGCUCUUGUUUUCGCUUAGGCUUUUCUUUGUUAUAGUAUCGUAAGUGGUUGACAUGAACAUUAAGGUUAAACGUGCUUUUUGCCAUUGAAAAUCAAAGUUAGAUGAACCAUUUUGACUGAUGAGAUUACAUGAAUGCCUUCUUACAUGAAAUGUUAAUAUAUUCAAAUAUUAAAAUAAUGUAGACAUGCUGCAAAAUUCGAAAGGUGAACACAAAGGGGAAAUAUUUAUAUUUGUUUA